AUGGUACGGAACCAGAUCCUCAAAUGCGUCCGAUACGCCAUCCACGGCGGAGGCGCCGUCGUCGUCCCUUCAAUGGCACUGCGGAACGCCAAAGACAUCACCGAUAUCGAGACAGCCACCGAGGUGCCGCUCGACUACCUUUUGGAUCGCGAGACCUUCAUUACGCACUUGACCGAAGGAUGUCCCGGCAUGCGCGUGUACGAACGCGCUGCGGAUUUUCCUUCUUACAACACGCGGAUAGGGGAGCCCUUGAGCCUGCUGGGAGACCAGUUCGAGCCGGACCACCCUCGCGAGGGAUUGAGACACCCCGAAAUGUGGCGGCAAUCCUUCGACAAGUGGCUGGACCAGAUGUCCGUCGGGGACCGCCUUCGACCCGAUGCCCCGGUACACGUCAAGCUCGAGCAGUCGUUCCUCGAGUAUCCCGUCCGUGACGACGGCGACGCCUUCGUGCAUGAGUUCGGCAAGAUCCUCUCGUUCCGGAACGACACGCGCGCCCUGGCAGCCAAAAUCCUGUUCGAACUCAAGGCCAGGUUUGGCCUGCCCAUCGAUCCGACGAAAGCCAUCAACCCCGGCGCCUUCUACGGCGCCCACCUACGACUCGAGGAGGACGCGACGUCCGCGUGGUCGCCGGACGAGUGGCGCUUCUCGCGCAUGGAGGACCAGUUCGAGGAGCAGUUCAGGAACCUGGAGCGCACGGGGCUCGGCGUCGUCUACGUCGCCUCCGGGAACCAGACCGUGGUCGACGUCUUCGCCCAGAGACUGCACGAGCGCCUCGCCGCCGGGCCGGGUCCCGAGAAGAAGAAGAGAGACGUCCAGGUCGUGACCAAGCACGACCUGCUCCGGGGGCCCGACAGGCGGCGGCUCGACGGCCUCACCUUCGACCAGCAGGCCCUGGUGGACUUUCUGGUCAUGUUCAGGGCGAGCGCCUUCAUGGGCGUCGCGCACUCCAGCUUCCCGUGGACGAUUGCUCUGCGGAGGCACGAGCUGAGCGAGUACGCCGACUACGGGAACGAGGGUUCGGACUUGCUGCGGGACGAGUACAGCAUCAUCAUGGGCAUGGAGGCCGACUAUCCCUAUGUUGACCCCUUUGUGUAUGGAUUAUGGCCAUAG